GGAGGGUUGAGGUUGGGGCUGGGCGGCAGAAGGGUGGCAACGGAUAAUGUCCGGUGAGGUCCCGAUUGGGGCUUUGGAAAGGGAGAGGAGGUGGAGAGAAGUGGCAAGGAGAGGGAAAAGGGUCGGGUACGAACAUAGUUUCCACGUGACGCUCUACCUCUCAGCUCCCAAUACUCGUGAAGUGCCGUACUUGGCCGCAACAACAUCCCGACCCAUACCCCAUUCCGCACAGGUGGGAUCUGGAAGCCCCCGGGCAACCUGAUGGCUCGGGUGGUUGGGCCAUGGUGGUUCGCGCAACGGCCGACAUACAACCCGGCCAGGAGCUGCUUCUGUCGUACGGCGAACGGUCCAACGACGAUUUCUAUCUGCACUACGGUUUCGUGCCCCGCGCCAACCCGCACGACGAGGCGGUGCUGUGGCCGGACCUGGAGGCGGCCCUGGACUGGCACUACAUGCACUUCGGGGCGCAGCAGCUGUCCCCCGACCAGGCUGAGCCGCUCUACCGGGCCGCACUUGCAGCCGGGCAGGCGGAGCAGCAGGCGGAGGCACAGCAGCGGACGGCAGCGGCAGCCCAGGGACAGCAGCAGCCGCCGCCACAGGGGCAGCAGGAGGCGGAACAGCAGGGGCAGGAGUCCCGGGGACUGGAGAUGCCUCCCGAGCUUGCACGUCAGCUGAACCAGAUCAAGGCGGUGGCGGGCGGGCAGGUGUCAGCGGCGGUGAUCCGUGCCUUCGCGGCGCUCCAGGGGGGAGACAGCGCCGCAGCGGAGCACGCAGUGGCGUGCCGCUGCGCCCAGCUGCUGUGCCACAUGGCGGCCCCGGUGCCGGGGGCAGCAGUGGCGGCAGGAGCCAUGCAAGAG